GGCUGCGGAGCACCUCCUUCCCCCAUCUACGAUUGGCCUGGAAUGGAAGGAAGAAAAUCCCUUCGGCUGCCUCUAUCAUCGACAUCGAGGGAGGAAUCGCUUCUCUAAUUGUGGUCUCUCCCUCUCCUCGGUGCCCCCGCUCCACCGACCCCAGUAUUCCAUCCCUCCGUCACCAUGGCGCCGAGAACCGACUUCCCUCCCGUCCGCGCCUGCCUCUUUGACAUGGACGGGCUGCUCCUCGACACCGAGGACCUGUACACGCUCUGCAUAAAUCUGGUCCUCGAGAAGUACCAGCGGCCCCAGCUGCCGUGGAGCAUCAAGGCCAAGCUGCAGGGCCGGCCCGGCCCGGCCGCCAACAAGCUCUUCCACGAAUGGGCCCAGCUGCCCAUCACCCAGGAGGAGUACUUGCAGCAAUACACCGCCCUCCAGGCCAAGCACUUCCCGACCGCCCAGCCGCUGCCGGGCGUCCCCGAGCUGCUCUCCAGCCUCGGCCGCACCCGGUACUGGGAUCUCAAGCGGAACGAUCAGUCCACCACCGCCAACGGCACGACCAGCAGCACCAGCGCCACUGCCACCACCACCACCACCUCCUCCUCCUCCAGCAGCAAGCCGCCCCACCGCGUGCACAUCGCGCUGGCGACCUCGUCGCACUCGUCCAACUUCCGGCUCAAGACGGCGCACCUGGAGGAGCUCUUCUCCGUCUUCGAGACGUCGCGGCGGGUGCUGGGCGACGACGCGCGCAUCGCGCCCGGCCGCGGCAAGCCGCUGCCCGACAUCUACCUGCUGGCGCUGCGGACCAUCAACGAGUCGCUGCCGGCGGGCGAGCGGCCGAUCGCGCCGGACGAGUGCCUCGUCUUCGAGGACAGCGUGCCGGGCGUCGAGGCCGGCCGCCGCGCCGGCAUGCGCGUCGUCUGGUGCCCGCACCCGAUGCUCAAGCGCGAGUACGCCGGCCGCGAGGCCGAGGUGCUCGCCGGCCGCACCGGCGAGGCCGGCGACGUCGACCUGCACCAGGUCGGCGAGCUCCACGACGGCUGGGCCGAGUACCUGCCCACCCUGGUCGACUUCCCGUUCGAGAAGUACGGCAUCGUGAUCCCGCCCGUCGAGGUGGAGAAGGAGGCCUGCAUGCUGGAGGGCGCGAAGGUGGGGGAGGGGGAGGUGAUGCAGGUUGUUGAGACUGCUUGAGCCCGGGUGGGGUCCCCGUUGCAACCAGCUGGUCAGCACGCGGCGCGAGGUCAAGUUGACAGUCGGGCUUGCAAGGCAUGGAUGGGGUGCAUCAGGGACCGAGCACUGAGGGCCAUCGGGUCUCUUUUCCCUCUUGCAACCAUCUCGCUUUCCACCUGCUGUGGCUCACCACCAAGAAAGGGAAAAGGAAAGCACGAAUUUGGCGGUGGUUGAGGUGUGCCAACCGCUGGAUGCUAAAGAUCUAGACAGAAUUAGAAUAC